UGUGAAUGUUAUUUUGUUUUGAUGUGAUACCGAGUUAUAAAUGUAAUUAUUACAUUUUAAUUAAUUAAUCACCAUGGAUAUUGUGUUUACUAAAAUUAAAGAACUCGGCCAUGUUAAUAGUAAACGUGAUGAAUUGCGAGAUUAUUGCAAAGUAAAAAUUGAACAGGUAUUAUCAGUUUUGGAUAGACGUAUCUUGAGUAGUGAUGCUGCAAAUUUAUUGGAUUGUUUAUUCAAUGGACUGUCAGAUAAUUGCAGUACUUCAUUCAGAAAUAAAGUUAAGGUAAUAGGUAUAGUUCUACAAACAAUGAGGAAAGAAACUACAUCAACAAUGCACUGUAGUGAUGUGAUAAGUAGAUUGUGUUUAGAGUUAGGGAGGAUGCCAGCUGAGGACUUGGUGAAAUGGUGUGACAACAGUGUGCAGUCCAUUGUUGAAAAUGCUGAUGUUAAUAUGAUAUGGAGGGAUGUACUGCCGGAGUGUCUUAAUGUACUGGCUUCGCAUAUUAAUAUUAAACACUGUGGCACAGAUAUGACCAUCACAGAGUACAAAGAACAGUGUGUACGCACAUUAUGCCAGUGUCGUUGGAGGGAGAAACAACUUGUACAACUCACUGCUAUGUUUAAGGAUAUGCAGUUAAAUCGCAAUGAUCACAAACAAGUUGUUAACAAACUAUGUUCCUAUAUAACAGAUGUACCUCCUGAGAGUCUACCACCAUUACUUCAUCAACUACUAAAGUUAUGUAAGACAUAUAAUGUGGAAAUAGUGUUGGCGCAACUAAGUCACUAUUUUAGCGUGAGACUGUACAGUAAGUUAGAGCCACCCCCACAAGAUUCUGAAUCUACUACGAUGGACAUAGAUGAUAUUGUACGAUAUAACCCAUUGGACCUCAGUCGCUGUCUCUCCACCUGUAUCUACCACAUCACACAGGGUGCUGCAGAAUCGGAGACAAUACGGAAGCAUCUGAAAGCGUGGCCGAAGACCCAACUAUUGCGGGCACCAUUCUUGAUAGAUUUAGCACUUGCUAUAUCUGACAAAGGGCCAGACUUUAAAACUGUUUGUUUAGAUGUGAUAAAAUCAGCAAUAGAGCAUCGUAUUAUAGAUGAAUUGCGAAGUAAAGAAUCGGCGUGGUCACGCUCAGUACUGCCACCCGAUGUUGAUGUACCUCACAUGCUCAAAGUACUAACCACUGAGAGUGUCAACCAUUCCCAAUUAACGGUGAUGGGUCUUAUCAACGUAGCGUUCUUACUACUGGCUGUAUCCCGUUUGAAGCCAAUCGCACAGACUUGCUGGUCGCACGGGAAACUGAUACUGGUGCGAUUGAGCAAGUCUCAACCUGAAACCGCACCGCAUAUAUUGACGCAGCUAGCUGAUAGACUGGCAGGUGAUACUAGCCAACGGCAAUAUGCAGAUUGCCUACACGUGCUGUGUAAAUUAACGCCGGUAUCCGUAGAGCGAUGUAGUCAGUUAUUCACGAUCCUGGAGAACUGCCAGCCGGCGGGCGGCGACUACCGCGCGGCAGCUGCUGUCCUCGACGCUGUACAUCCACUUCUUAACUUCAGCCUGAGGACCAGAGACACCCUGAUUAUGGUCUGCAGAAAAGGACUGUACUCUAGGGACUCAGUGCAUCGCUGCUUGUCGCUGUCGGGUCUGCUGAGCGUGCUGGAGCACAUACGCGUGUCGCGCAGAACAUUCUCGAGCAGCCAGAGUGCCUCCAGCGAGCAUUACAGCACGCACUCUUACCUCACGCAGCUCACAGUCGACCUACACGCCACGCAACUCGGCGCCGCAGUGACAUCAAGAGUACGAAAUGAAGCAAUGUGCAUGGAAGUGGUGUCAAUACUGCGUCGUUGUCUUGUCCAAGAUGUUGCCGUUAAACAGCUUUUGUUCAACAAAUUGUAUGUAUGUGCGAAAGAGAAGACUGCACUUCACGAGACAAUCCUGGAAACAUUAUAUGAACAUAUUAGCAAGUAUUUACCAGAGAGUAAUGAUGAAGGGUCGCCUUUAUUGCUAUACAAAUGUGUGCAAGUCACAGACACCGGUGCUAAUUUAGUGGAACCAAUAUCACACCUGUUAUACGUAAUAGCUGAAUUUGUUCAGCCCGUAGAAGAUGAAGAAUUAGAGGAUAUCCUCGGAAGCCAGAACGCGGAGACUGGCAGUGCUCACUUAAAAAACAAACUAAUCCAUAUCAUGGAUAAAUUGUGUAGAAGCGAAACUUUGGGAGCCAUUGACUUGCAAGAUCCCGGCCUCUCAGACUUAACUCCGGAGUCCAAGGCGAAGAGUCUUAAAGUGCAGCAAAUAUUGCAAUGCUAUGAAACGUUGAUUGCAUAUAAGAUAUUGCAGUGGGUGCCCACUAGUACGGACGCGGCCAAGUCUGUAUAUUCCUUAUACAAAUCGUGUAAUCAACUUCUGGAACAAUUAAAGGCACCACCAAAGACAGGGAAAAAAGGCAAUAAAUCACUAAAUGAGACGAGGGAGACGGUGAAAUCUCAAAAGAGUCAGAAGUCACAGAAGAAGGGCAAGGCACCUGUAAAACUCUCAAACCUGACAAAAGAUAAGGCUGGUCCAUUCAAACCUUUACCUUGUCUAUGGCAUCCUGGUCUCUGUCAAAGAAUUAUUGAAUUAUUAUACAAUGAAUCGGUGCCGUGGUCUUCGUUAGAGCAGAGUAAUUACAUCCGCGGUCGUCGUGAUUUCCAUCGCUGGGCGCUCCGCUGCAUAUUGUCUGUGCUCACAUGUGAUCACAUGGAGAAGCGAUAUGUCACAUGCAACGUCACCAAAAUCGCGGCUGUCAUCUACAGAAGGUGUAUUUCUCGAUUUCAGGACAUGUGCGAUUUUGAUGAUCAGACUACUUUGAGCUGUCUAGAAGUAUUCAAGGCUUGCUUAACUUUACUCUUCUCGUCGAAUUAUUCAUUGCAAAUGGACGGCUUUUUGUCAAAAAUAACCGGUAUACCAGAUGUAACAGCGUCAACGCACAUAGCAGUAAUCCUGGAGAACCUCUUAUUGGCGCUGCAGCAGGCGGAGGCUGAGAGUGAACAAGAAGAAUCCGACGCGGUCGCCAAGAAGAUUGUAGCAAUGCUGGUGCAAACGGCUGGCCUGCUGCUUGAUGUACCCGUGCCACACUUAGCUGAGAUGACCAAUAUGUUAAUCAAACUGGAGGAGUACAUCCGAACAAGUAAGCAGGAUUGGUUGCCGAUGCUGCCGGCGCUGUUAGCUGCCGGCUAUAGGGACCAGCAAGAAGCACAGAUUCUUGACGAGCUGUUGUUGAAAGUUGCAGAGGUGCUGGGCAGGAUCGAUGAGGAGGACACAUCAGCGGGUGAGGAGUCCACAAACUUUCCACUAGUGGACAGUAAGUCGGGACAUACGGUUUUAGCACACGUGUGCUCCCACCUCGGGCUGCGGUUCCGCUGCGUUGACCACCUACUCCAACGCACCCGAGACCUCACCACCGCCGUCACACUCGCCACAGAAUCCCACCAGCAGAGGAUCGAGAGAGAGCUGAAUGAGCUGUACAAGUGCAUAAUACUGCAGCUGUGUUCGCUAACGACGUGGGUGUCUCGGUGUUGCAAGCUCCGCUGCAGUCCUGGUGCCGGUAGCGACCGCGUGCUGGCGGUCGCAGUGCGACUGUUUUCGCUGUUGGCAACCCUCGCCCGCCAUCUACCACCAACUGUGGCACAACAUCUGCGUUUUGAACGUCUACUGAAACUGUGCGGAAAGAAAUUUUCAACGGUCACAGACAACUUGAUUACGUACCUAGAGGGUUCGCAGCAGCAACAGAACGCCAGCAAGGUGCUCCGUGACACUAAACUCAUACCGCGGCUCGUGCUCGAAGCAGAACAGUUCAGUAAACAUGUGAUACUGCUCGCCAAUAAAGGAAAUUUAAAUUAUCAACAGUACCUAUCUUUGGGUACGGCCCGUGACUUCAGAAUAAAAGCGCCAGUGUUACAAGAGGCGCUCAAUGCCAGGGAGGAGCCAGAAGUGGACGACAAUAGUGAUAAUGAUGAACAAAUAGAUAUAAACGACGCAGCGACGGAGAUACUCGGCAGCGGCAGUGACCACGAUGGUAACGUUGAUGAUAAUUCACGAAGAAAGAAAAAAAGGGUCUCCAAAGUUUUGAAGGAUGAACAAAUUGAUAUAAGCGACGCAGCAACAGAUAUACUGGGGAGCGACCACGACGGAAGUGAUGAAGAUAAUUCACGAAAAAAGAAAAAAAGGCUGUCAUAAGAAAA